AACUCAGAUGACGGACAGAAGAGCAGCGAGCUGACAGCUGACUGAUCUGUGAAGCGACUGUUUGCUGUGAACAGGACCAGUGUUUGGGAAACAGAUCUCAGUGGUCGACACUCCAGGAAUCUGAGACAGCGAGGACAGUACAGAGGACAUUAAGAUCUACUGUCAGGAUCUACUGAAGUCCAACAAACCAUGUCUGUUCCUGGUGGUUCUCAGCAUCUGGAGGUUCCCUCUGGAGGAGCAGAAGGCUGCAGACACAGCUCUGAAGAGAAAGAAGGCAAACUCCCAGAUGUAGAGAAGAUGUUUUCAGGGACAUCUCACCUCUUCAACAAUGAGGAUGGAGAUCAGGAACAAGUCCAGGAUCUGCUGCUGAAGACCAGAAACCUUGGAGAGCAUCAAGCACUGGACCCAGCAGCUGGUUUGGAGGUUCAGAGGAGGAUGGUUCUUCUUGGUCUACCUGGAGUUGGGAAGAGUUCUUCAGGAAACACCAUCCUGGGAUGUGAGAAGUUUAAAUCAGACUGUAACUUUAACUCAGUCAGUACAGAGUGUGUCUCUGAAUCAGAAUCAGUGGACGGUCGGCUGAUCCAAGUGGUCGACACUCCAGGAUUGGCUGAAGAAGUCCUGAAUCCUGAGCAGCUUUACGAGGAGAUCAUGAAGACAUUAGUGGAGACCAGUCCAGGACCACAUGCCUUUGUUAUUGUGGUCAGAAUAGGAAACAUCUCUGCCGCAGACCAGAGACUGUUAGAGUUAGUGCCCAAACUGUUUGGAGGAGAUGCCUCUAAGUACACCAUGGUGCUCUUCACUCAUGGAGAUGAAGUGAGAGGUCGCUCCAUGGAUGAGCUGAUCCAGUCCGACAGCUGUGUGUCUGAUCUGGUGUCCAUGUGUGAUGGGAGGUACUGUGUGUUUGACAACACUCAGAGAGGAAGGAGGCUGCAGGUCAGAGAGCUGCUGAAUAAAAUAGACCAGAUGGUUACAGCUAACGGAGGAGAACACUGCACCUCUGAUAUGUUCAGGAUGGCUGAGACCUUGAUCAGAGAGGAAAAGAACCGAGCAGCUCAGUCAGCUGAUGGUAACCGAGCAGGUCAGUCAGGUGGAGCCAGAGGGAAACCAGAUAAGAAUCCACCGUGGGAAAGAAUAAUACCCUAUGUAGUAGGUUUUGGGGUGGCAGGUGGAGUGGCAGGUUGGGCAGUAGGUGCAUCCACAGACAACUUGAUAGUUGGAUUGUUAGUUGGUGUGGUAGUUGGGAUGGUAGGUGGGGUGGCAGGUGGGGUGGCAGGUGGGGUGAUAGGUGGAGUAAUAGGUGGGCUGGUAGGUGGGGUGGCAGGUGGGGUGGCAGGGGUGAUGACAGAUGGAGUGGUGGUAGGUGGGGUGGUAGGUGGUGUGGCCGGUGGGGUAGUGGGAGGGGUGACAGGUGGAGUGGCAAGUCGGGUGGCAGGUAGGGUGACACGUGAGGUGGUUGGUGGGGUUACAGGUGGGGUGGCUGGUGGUGUGGCAGGUGGGUUGGCAGGUUACUUUACAGGUGUGGGGGAAAUUUGGGUUAAAGAUGGGAUAACAGGUGGGGUAACAGGUGGGGUGGUAGGUGAGGUGGUAGGUGGAAUGAUAGGUGGAGUGGUAGGUGGGUUGGUACUUGCAGGUGAAAGUAUAGUUCAUGCAUACAUCACAUCAGUUGAUAGUAACCGUCCAGAUCAGUCAGGUGGAGCCAGAGAGAAACCCGAUAAGAAUUCACCGUGGGAAAGAAUAAUACCUUAUGUAAUAGGUUUUGAGGUGGCAGGUGUGGCGGUAGGUGGGAUGGUCGGUAUAUUGACAGACGACAAGGUAAUUGGGAUCCUAGUUGGGGCAGUAGUUGGGGUGGCAGUUGGGGUGCUAGGUCGGGUGGCAGGUGGGGUGAUAAGUGGACUAGUAGGUGGGCUGGUAGCUGGGGUUACAGGUGUGGUGACAGCUUCGGUGGGAUUAGGGUUGUUCGGUUUUGGGGUAGGUGGUGUGGUAGGUGGAGUGGCGGGUGGUCUGAUAGGUUGGCUUCAAGGUAGGGUGGCAGGUAGGGUGGCACGUGAGGUGGUUGGUGGGAUGGUAGGCGGGGUGGCAGGUGGGGUGGUAACUUUAUACCUAAGUAUCUAUAUCUUUCUGUCUAUUUAUUUUCUUGAAGGUGGGGUAACAGCUUAUGUAGCAGCUGGGGUAGUAGGUGGAUUGAUUGGUUUGGUUGUGGGUGCGAUGGUAGGUGGAGUGGUAAGUGGGUUAUUUCUCGCAGGUGAACAUGUCGUUUAUGCAGUUUGUAAGAGUAAGUCAAAUAGACAGUCUAACAUGAACAGCAGAGUUUCAGAAGAUGAACAGUUGCCGUUACAGACACGAAGCAGAGAGGAAGGAGGAAGGAGACUUAGUGAGGAACCCUGACAUGAACGUGAUGUUUUACUGUGACUUUUGCUGGAGUCUGGAUGGUCUCUAUGACCAGCUCACUGUUCUACUGUCUGAUCUUACAGCUGGUCUUCAGUAUCCUCUGAGUCUUGUCCUCCUUAUAUUCAGCUGCUUUCCUCAGUGAUGUUAAACUUUGAGUCACGUUUUACAUUUUUAUUGUUGCGUUAUUUUCUUUGUGUGUUUGAACAGUAUUGUUUAAUGGCAGAUUUAAGUCAAAAGUCGGGGUGGGAAUCUUCAGGCCCAUCACGAUUCGAUUACGAUUACGAUUCAGGUGCUAGGAUUCGAUUCUGAAACGAUUAUCUCCCCCCCCCCAGCUAUUACACAUUUCUUUUUGUCUCAGUGUGAGACCAGUCACCACUUUGUGUUUUUAAAAUAGUAAUAAUGAGAAACAAUUAAAUGAAUUAAUUUCCAUUGUCUUUUAUUAAAUUAAUGGAAAUGUGUAAACUGAAAAGUUACAACUUCGUUGUAAAGAACAAAAGGUAGCAGCAUCCUUGGCUUUUAACAUAUCUUGAAUCACAAUUUGUGAAAUGUGAAAAUAUGUCCUUAUUAAAAAAUGUAAGAAAAUAUGAACAAAAUCUUUAAUUUAUGUGCAAUAUAGCAUUCAAACAAAUAAAAACAUUUUACUAUGCCAAAACAAAAAACAUAAUUUUUUAGAAAACGAAUAACAGAGAAUUCUGUUUUGGUAACAACAAAAGUACUUUCAGACUUCAGAAAAAAAAGACCACGAAAAGGUCAAAAAUUUCUAAUUAUGUACAAGCAGCAGAACAAAUGUAUUUCAAACUUUUGUAAACAAAUAACAGCAGCCUUUAGUUAUAAAUAAGUCAGGCCUUGACUUCAAACUAAAUCCAGAAAACAGAAUUCCUUAGGGAAAUAUAAAAAUCACCUUUAAAAUAGUCCUCAAUGGGCCACAGAUACAGGGACUCAAGAAAAAAAAGAAACCUUAAAACAAAUGGGCCCCAAAAAAUCACAUCAGUGCAGUGCAGGACAAUGUGCUUAGUUAGGGAGUGUAGUGCAAAUUUGCAAGUUCUUGUGCAGGAACAAGAGCUGAUCUACAUGUUCAGAUGCGAGGGUACUGCGCUGGGCAGUGACAGUAUCUCCUGCAGUAGAAAAUACUCUUUCUGCAGCGAUACUGGUACCUGGAAUACACAGGUAUCUCUUGGCUAGCUUGGAAAUGAGAGGAAAUGUUGCCUCAUUCUUACUCCAUCAGCUCAGAGGGUCCUCAGAGAGAGGAAGAGGUGGGGUGCUAGUGCUACAGUACUUGUUCACUUCCUCCUGAGCUCUGGCAUAGACAGACAUGGGUUGUUGCUGGGCAUGAGUAUCAGUGAAGCUUGGCCCCAGCAGAUUCUCCCGCAGGGAAGACGACAAGGCAAUUCUUUUGGGAGCCUUGCUUUGGUGUUCCUCUUCCUCCUCGGUGUUUAGGGGGGCCUCUUCCCUCACAGUAUGCACAGGGUUUUCCUCCUCUUCCAUCCUCACCACUCGCUGUAGGUAAACACAAUGAGAAGGAAAUGUAAACAAAUAAGCUUCAAAUGUUUAAGUCAAAAUGACAUCAGCUUUACUUCAAAUCACAUUUUGAACAAAAUAUUGAAUUAAAAAUCGUGGAUUAUCUUA